AAGACUCGGAUCCAGCUGUCCACUCCUCAUUUCGUGGUGGGAGACGACAGCAUCUGCAGCGACUGCAACAAGAGACUGGGAAACAGUGCCUUUGUGAGGUUUCCAGACGGCAGUCUGUCGCACUACUUCUGUGCCAAGUCCACAACCACCACAAUCCCUUCUCCCUCCUCCUCCUCUGAACAAUCUCUCACUCACCCACACACCUAGUCAUCCUACCACGAGUAUACCUGUACAAUAGGAGUGUUUUAUGAUGAGGUUGGUUUUUGUGUGACUGUGUAUAAUACGCAUGCGCGACAUCUAUAUGGUCGUCAUGGAAACCUAACAUACAGAGCUAGGCGGCGGAUUGAGUGCGCCACAGGGGCGGCCCUGGCACUUCGGCGAUAUGGCUCAGUUGGUGAAGGUAUGGAGAGGAAGGAGGGACGUCAUUUCCAUGCUAGUGAGCGCGGCAAGGGAGGCGGACGAGGCGAGGGAUAGAGAGUACGGAGCCGCAGUGACCAUCCAGAGCUGGUUCAGAGGCUGCAGACUACGAGCUUACCUCAGAUACCUCUCGGAGUCUGCAACGGUCGUACAGAGAUGGUACAGAGGUCACCUGGAGAGAGAGCUCUACAGACAGCUUCUCAAAAGUCUUGUUGCAAACAUGGAGAUUGAUCACUACAAUGCAAUGGCAGAAAGGAUCCAGACCAGAUGGAGGGGUUAUUACGUCAGGAAAUACGUGUUUGACUUCUACGCUCAACGACGCUACUUGACCGAGUUGAUAAGAAAGAACGAGAUAGUCGGUAGAAGGCUAGAGGAGGCAAGGAUGCAGAAAGAGAGAGAGGAGACAGAGAGGCAAAAGACGGUGGAGAGGUUGAGGAUGGAGACAGAACUAAGAAGGCAGCACCAUAUGCUCAGUACUGAAUGUAGGGGAGGAGUAUACAAACCAUUUAGAGAGGGAAGGAGUCAGCCCCUGCCAACUGAGACAAGAAUGAGGUCACUCAAAUUCCACUCUUCCACUGGCAAAUCAAAGCAGCGGACACUAUCAUGUGAUAGUCAUGUGACUGGAACAAGCCUCCCACCCGUACAACUACCCAACAAAACACAAGGUCCAUUCCACCAUCCUGGAAUGGUGUGGAGACAGAGACACAGGCCACUCAACCCUACACUUAGAGUGGCCACUCCCUUCAAUUCUGAAGAAAUUGCCAGAGCUGAGCUGAAGGCAAGGGAGUGGAGGGAGCGGGUGGUGGAGGACCCAUUUAUUCCUUUCUCCUCUCCCUCCACUACCUACCAGCCUCUCCUGCACACCACAAGCUCCUAUACCAGGUUGGCCUACGGCACGGAGCACUUCAGAGACCAGCCAGCAGCCAGAAACAUACACCACAAGGGAUUCCAGACGGUCGUUCCCCCAAUCCCAGUGUUUGACAAACUCAACUCCACAAUAUACUAGCUAGCUCUAACCCUGUCAACACUCGCACAAUCUCGCCAGAAAAUGAUUUGUCAGAAAAAAACCAUUCCACGUUUAAUCAUCGAUCGUAUGUAAGUGUGUGUAAAAUGUGUACAACACAGUAUAGAAAGUAAAAAAAAAAACUUCAACACAUACACAUAUAUACAUCACAUCCUCUUUAGUAGUGAUCUGCAUAAUGGUAUAUAGGGAAAAGUGAAGAAAAUAUCAUUCAAACUUUACACCAAAAUUGCCUUGAUAUUGGAUUAAGGGUAUUACCAACCAUUUUACCACACCAACUGCUGAUUGGAGCAGUGGGUCGUUACCAUGCCAACCGGAAAGGGGGUGUGUCUGGUGGGUGUGGCUACAUGUAUCUACCAUAAUGGGCGGAGGUGUAACCAUAGGGACUAGGAGAACGAGAAAUGCGGCCUUCGCGAUCACAGUUGGAGCAAACCUUUCUUUAAUUCUCCUCAUCUGGUCUCUCAUUUCUUCCUCUCUUCCCUGCAGACAUGAAACAGUAGAUUCUCUAGACAUUGCCUUUGUGUCACAUCCUUCUACAAUAGAUAGAGAGGCUACAGUAGCCAGUAAAAGGACACCCUUGUAAUAGAGAGAAAGAGGCAGGGAAAAGGUGAAGCGAGGAGAUGAAUCGCGUAGUCUUCCCGCUGGUAAAUAACUUCCCCUACAAUUCUCUCGGACUCCUUUUUAUACUCUCUUUCCUUCUGUAGCUUCUUGUCCUGCUUGAACUGCCUCGAGAGCUGUGCCUGCAUCUUCUUUUUCAGCCGUUCUUGAGGAGUUAGCUUCGCCUUUUCUUUUGUUGGUUUAUUAGUCGCUUUUGAUGUCUGAGGUAAUCUGAGAGGUGGAAAAGCGGUGGUUGAUAAACCAGUUGAACAGGUUUAUCAAUUCCAGUCUGACUUGUUCUUGCUAGGGGGUGUGGCCUCACUACUUGCUGUAACACUAGUACUACUGCUGCUGCUUGAUUGGUGGGUGUGGUCUUGCUCUCUGCUCUGACUUCCACUGAAGGAUUGGUGGGUGUGGUCUUGCUCUCUGCUCUGACUUCCACUGAAGGAUUGGUGGGUGUGGUCUUG